GAUUAGACAGUCACUUGUGUGUCGUCUGUGUUUUGUUAUUCAGUCGACGAAGUAUAUGUUCCUUAUUUCCUACGCUGACCCGAAAGGCAGGAAUUCGAAGGUAACUGACCUUGAGAUGGAUGACAAUUCUUCCAGUACUGAAAGUGGAAGUGAGGAAGACAUCAUGGAUAUCCAUAAUUUGUGCCGUUUAUGUGCAAUCCGUGAUACCUGUCUUAUUCCACUCUUUGGAUUUGAAGGAAAGCAGUAUGGUCUUGAAGUGAAGAUCAAAAAGUACCUAGGCUUACCAAUAAAGCUCUUUGAAGAUACUGACAUGCCACAUUCUGUGUGUUACAACUGUGCUGCCGUUUUGUUAUCGUGGCAUAGUUUAUACACAAAAUGCAUGGAAGCUCAAAAGAAGUUAAAGAGCCUUGCUGUUAUUGCAAUGGCAUACCGAAUGUCAACUAAAGAGAGUCAAUGUGAUGGUGUAUUUUCCAUGGAGGAGCAUAAUCUAAGCACCAGAUUGGAAUGUGAUCCACUCUGUGAUGAUGGAAGUAAUACUUCUGAUGAGCUGCUUCAUGGUUCUGAAGGUUCAGUGAAGCCAGAUGCCAGCAGAUUAGAAGGCCCUGAGAUUACAGCGGCAUGUCACGCCAACAUCUACACGCAGCAGCAGAUGGGGUGCCAGCAUUCCAAUCCAUGGCUGGUCACCGGUUCCAUCCUCUGAGGCCAACGCGCGGACCGUAGCCAGCCUGCGGUGGGUCACUCGACAUCUCACUACCACGGGCUGUCUUUCUGGCUCUCAACACAUGCCAGAGGCAUCCUCGAGGUGAGGACCACAGAUUCGGCUGUCGGAUUGCAGGCACUUGUUGUUGCGGCGAUCCUAACGAUGACGGUGAAGAAGCUCGCAGCGAACUGCCCUGCGACUUCCCACGAGCAGCACUGAGACAACAGGGACAGAGACCACUGAGUUGACUGCCGGUGCAUCCUGAUGUUGCCACAACUCCGCUGCCGUACAAGGCCGGCACACAGCAGGGCGUUGAACGUGUCACUGAGGCAGCCGUUCUGUGCCAAGCCAUUUCGCAGACAGCGAAGUGGUGUCCUCAGCAUUGCGGGACCCGGUUAUGCAGACCGAGAGGAGUGGGGCACUGUAGCUGGAAAUAAUAAAUCACUUGAGAAACUCAGAUGAGUGUUAAUAUGGUGCAUCCUGACAGCCCAUCCUCGUACGACACACCUCUACAUUAUUUUCUGCUGGUUCUGUGUUGUUAUGGUGUUCAGUAUUUGUGUCUGGUGCUGUUGUGUUGUUGUCUGUGGUUUGAUGCUUUCUGCUUUUAUUUUACUUUUAAUUGUGCUGUUUAGCUUUGUGCUAUCUACAUUAUUAGGUCAAGGUCUUUUUGCCAGUUUUCUUUGGUGAGUGGCACUGUGUUGAGUGUAUGGAGCAUUGUCGAAGUGAUGUCUGCCUUUGUGAGUGUGGGUGGUUCCAGGAUUGGGGAAUGAUAAUGUCCAUUGCUGUGGGCUUAUGAUAAAUUGCAAACAUAAGUUUAUUGUUUUGUUUUUUGAGUGUUAUAGCCAGAAAGUCAAUUAGGUUAUUCUGUUCUCUUUCAAUUGUGAAUUUUUAUUUUUAUGUGCAUUGUUGUUGUCAGUGUGUAAUUUUUCAAUUUUUGUUUGUGGUUCAUCUAUUACGCAAAGGAUGUCAUCCAUAUGUUGUAUUCUUUUGCUAUUAUUUUUGUGAAAAUGAUCUGUUCAGUGUGGUUUACUAAAAUAUUUGUUAAGGCUCCCCAUUGGCAAUCAAUCUUCUUAUUGAAUUGGAACUU